AUGUACAACAUCGGAAGUGUUGCCGCCGUUUUCUUCACUGGACCUGCAAACGACUACCUUGGACGCCGGUGGGGUAUGUUCAUCGGCGCUACGAUUGUCAUCAUUGGCACUUGUAUUCAGGCUCCGACGAAGAGUUCUGAGCAGUUCCUUGCCGGGCGAUUCGUUCUAGGAUUUGGCGUCAGUUUCUGCUGUGUCUCAGCCCCGACUUACGUCUCAGAGAUGGCGCACCCGGCGUGGAGAGGCACCAUCACCGGUGUUUACAACUGCACAUGGUACAUUGGGAGUAUUAUUGCGUCAUGGGUCGUUUACGGCUGCUCUUAUAUCGAUAGUAUUGAUGGCUGGCGGCUACCCAUCUGGCUGCAGAUGGUCACAUCUGGUAUCGUUUGCAUCGGUGUAUUCUUCAUUCCUGAGUCCCCUCGGUGGCUCAUGGCCAAUGACAAGCAUGAUGAAGCCGCUCGCGUCCUCGCCAAAUACCAUGGAGAAGGCUCCAUCGAUCAUCCCAUUGUCCAGCUCCAGUUGAAGGAAAUGGUAUCCCAAAUCAGCAUUGACGCUUCGGAUAAGUCGUGGUGGGACUACCGCGAGCUCUGGAACACCCACUCUGCCCGCCGCAGACUGAUCUGCGUUCUCGGAAUGGCUGUCUUUGGCCAGGUCAGUGGAAACUCGCUCAGCAGUUACUACAUGACUGCUCUGCUGAAAAACGCCGGAAUCACCGAUGAGAAGCGCGUUCUGGCUCUCAAUGCAAUCAACCCCAUUUUGUGCUUCGGGGCCUCCCUCGCUGGCGCCCGCAUGACGGAUGUCGUUGGUCGCAGACCGCUUUUGAUCUACUCCAUUAUUUUUUGCUCCUUCUGUUUUGCCAUCAUCACCGGAACCUCGAAGCUGGCUACGGAUGACGCUAGCAAUGUUGCUGCUGCCAACACCACCAUUGCAUUCAUCUACAUCUUCGGCAUCGUCUUCAGCUUUGGGUGGACUCCUCUUCAAAGCAUGUACAUCGCCGAGACCCUCAACACCGCCACCCGUGCCAAGGGUACCGCUGUCGGCAACUUUGCCAGCGCUGUGGGAAGCACCAUCAUCCAAUACGCCAGUGGACCGGCCUUCCUCAACAUUAAGUACUACUUCUACAUUGUCUUUAUCUUCUGGGACCUCCUCGAGGCUGUCAUUAUCUACUUUUAUUUCCCCGAGACCAAGGACCGUACCCUUGAGGAGUUGGAGGAGGUGUUCAGCGCACCAAACCCUGUUAAGAAGAGCUUGGAGCCCCGAUCGGCCGAGACUGUUUUGAAGACAAUGCAGGUCAGUCAGGACGAGAAAUGGACCGUCUAG